AUGUCUGAAAACCAAACCGCCCUCGGCGAUGAAGACACUAAUCACCUUCGCCAUCACGCCUCUAUCAAAGAGGUCGCUAUUCGCCCGCAUACUGCAAACAAAUCUCUUUCUGCUCAAAAAUCGGCACAUGAUAAAUGGAGAGAAGAAAUGGAAAAUGAAAUUCUAGAGGCUCCGUCUUCCGUCAAUAUAGCCAAUUUGUCGGAAAUACAACCAAGCCCACCCAGCAUAUACAACUCCCCAAUGUUGUCGCAGCCAGAGGUCUCUAAUAUUACUACAACCUCUGGAGUCUCAGUUUUUAAUACCUCAGCCAUGACCGAUGACCAUUCUACUAAAUUGAAGCGACAUCAUAAGCUCUUCAGAGUGGUAGCCUUUACUACCAACUCUGUCGAAGAAGUCCUUGCAACCGUCGCAAUGAAUGCCGAUACGUUGUACGGUAGUAGAGUUGUCAGUGAAUUAGAUUGUAUUAUCUUCUUCUUCAAGUCGCGCAAAUUGGCAAACCAAGCAAUAUCUGCUGGUGCUAAGUCCAAGCUCACUAUGAUACCUCAAACCGUCAAAACAUCAUUCCGUUAUAAGGUCGACAAGGAUUUAGACAAGACUAAUAUGCAUUCUAUUAUCUCAACCCUUGGUUCUUCUAUCAACAAUAUCAAUUUUAGCAAGAUGGAUGAUCAGGAAUUUUGGGCUAUUGGUACUAAUAUUGAGUUACCUGCCAAUCAUUUGAAGAAAUUUAAGCUUUCCAAAAUGAGAACAGAUAUCUCUCGCUUCCGUAUUGCCUUUAAUGGUAAAGAAAAAGAUCUUCCUAAACUCAAGGGUGCCAUUAGUUCCCAAUGGAAAGUCAAGAUUGAGAGUAUCGAGUUGGCUAAGAAGAUGGCUGUUGUUGGCAUUAAAAAAGAUCAAAUUACCAAUAACAUUACCAAGUUCGUCCAAGUUGGUAAUUAUAGUUUCAGAAACCUCUCAUUCUCUACUAGAGUUGCCAAUUCUAUCAGUCACAGAAUGGAAGCUGUUGAAAAACAAAUGUCUGAAAUGUCAUCAGCUCUCCAAAAAUUGACAAAGGAAAUGGUUGUCUGGUCUGGUAAAAAGGUCACGGAAGGCUUUAAUAAGAUCAACAAAGCUGUUGAAGAAAUUAAUCAAAAAAUCAACGCUCUCUUAGGUACUACUACUCGCAACAAGGGUAAAAGUACUGCUAAUUUUGGAGGAGUUGGCUGGGUAAAACAAUCUCAAUUACUUACCUUAGCCCGCAAAUAUGAACUGGAUGUCCUUAAUAUCCAGGAAACUCAUUUAAAAUCCAGUACGAAAGACUAUUGGAAUAUAUGGUAUUUCAGAUCCUUCUUUCGUGGCUACUUAGUUUACAAUUCCAACGCCACUGAAGGUGAUAAUGGAGCAGGAAUUGCUACUAUUAUCAGACCGUCACCUUUUAUUAAAGUACUCCAAUUCGUCGAACAUAUUCAAGGCAGAUUAUCAGAAGUCAUUUUGGAACAUAAAUACCUAGGUGUGGCUCGCAUUUUCAAUUGGUAUGGCCCGGCUAACAAAAACAAACUAGAAUUCAUGAAUAAGGCUCUCAAUAUUAUCAACAUUUCUGCUCAAACAGCGGUCUUUCAUGGUGAACGUAUUGUCAUAUUGGGAGAUUUGAAUGCCAAUACUAAAACAUUCAAUAAGGUAUCUUAUGCCGCCCAUGAACGACUAUUAAUUGACCAAUGUGACAAAUUGAAAUUCUUUGAUGUUGUUCCUAUUCCAAACACACCUUCGUUUUCUCAACGCAACAAAUACUCUCAUGGUUUUUCUCGCCCGGACCAUAUUAUUACUUCCCACAAUGAUUAUUCUGGUGUAGAAGAUGUUCCUACUGCUUAUUCUCACAAACUUUUAACUAUCUCCUUCCCCAGUAAUCCCAUUUUAGACUUCCCAGAACAGUUCAACAAAUAUAUUAUCCAUCCUAAAAUUUUACAAUCCAAGAUGAAGGAAAUUAAUAACGAUUUUGCUAAGGAAAACCCUGACACUCUUUUAGAAGCCCAAAAUACCCUUGCUAAAAUUGUGAAGAAAUAUGGUUCUCUUAGCACAAACAAGCCCUCAUUGAUCACUGAUAAUCGUAAUGUCAGACAAUUUCAGACUUUUAUUUUCGAUUUGAAACAAUAUCUCUAUAAGCGUAAACAUGUUUCUACUAUCACCAGCCAAUUUUUGAACAAUAAUUUUAGCCUCAACAAUGUCAAGGCUAAAUUAGAGGAAGCUAAAACCUCACUCAACAAGCUUAUUGGAUCUUUAUUGGCUGACCGUAAACGGGUCUUUGUGAAUAGAAUUAACAAUCUUAACUCUAAACAACCGUAUUCUUAUGCCUUCAGAAAAGAACUAGUCAGUCCUUCUAUACUCAAUGUAGUCCAAAGUAACCAUAACUCGACAAUUGUAGAUCAUUUUUCAGCCAUGUUUAAUACAGAACAAGAAGUGACUAAAACUCUCCCGGAAAUCAAGAAAAACAAUACUGUAGCCCAAUGGAAAUUCCAUCAUAUCACUGCCAAAGAGUUGGAUAAAGUUAUUUCUAAGACAAAAAAUUCUAUGGCUGGCUAUGAUAACAUUUCGGUGCCAUUGUUGAAAAUUCUAGACAACAAUUCGCUCCAAAUACUUGCAAAAUGUAUCAAUCACACAAUUGACAGUGAAAUGGUUCCUAAAGAAUUGGGUAUCGGUAUUCUACUCCCAUUACCCAAAAAUCAACAUGCCUUCAAAAUUAUCAGACUUUAG